AUGGAUGAUAUACCGAAGCUCCUGGCCUUCUUUAGAGAGUGCAAAGCAAAUAAUCCACAAUUCUUUUAUGAGUUCCAACUUGAUGAUAAGAACGUCAUCAAGAAUGUCUUUUGGAGCCACGCCAGUCAACAGGGUGACUAUGUAGACUACUCUAGCGUGGUGACAUUUGACACGACGUACCGCACCAAUCAAUAUAGCAUGCCUUUAGCAAUGUUUGUUGGAUUCAACAACAAGUUGCAAAAUGUUGUUUUUGGUCAGGCAUUGUUGAGGGACGAAAGAGCAGAUACCUUUGAGUGGUUGGUCAGGCAAGGAUCCUAUUGUUAUCUUCACAGAUCAAGAUUCUUUAAUUGA